GAGGACCAGCACCUGAGGCCGGGCCCGCAGCCCGCGACUUCACAACCAGGCGGCGGCGCUGCUGCUGCGGGGCUCCGGCGCGCGACCCGGCGGGACAGCGGGGCGGCUGGCGCCGGGGUCCGGGGAACGCCAGAUGAUGGAUUUGGACGUGCCUCUAUGAAGAAAUGCCACAUGGUCCGAGAGCAAACAUGUCCAGGCUACUGCCACUUUAGCGGACUAGGGCUCGGUGCCAAGGCUUCCCGGGUAAUCAGGCGUGGUCUGAUCCAGGAUCAAGAAGCACGUUAUCACCAAUGACAUCAUGACAGCAAGAGAGCACAGCCCUCGCCAUGGCGCCAGGGCCCGUGCAGUGCAGCGGGCUUCCACCAUCGACGUGGCGGCCGACAUGCUGGGCCUCUCUCUGGCAGGAAAUAUACAGGACCCAGAUGAGCCCAUUUUAGAAUUUAGCUUAGCUUGCAGUGAGCUGCAUACUCCAUCGCUAGAUCGAAAGCCAAAUAGUUUUGUUGCAGUGAGUGUCACCACCCCUCCUCAGGCAUUCUGGACGAAGCAUGCGCAGACGGAGAUCAUUGAGGGAACCAACAAUCCUAUAUUUCUGAGCAGUAUUGCCUUCUUUCAAGACUCUCUUAUCAAUCAGAUGACACAAGUCAAACUCUCCGUGUAUGAUGUCAAAGAUAGAUCUCAGGGAACAAUGUAUUUACUGGGCUCUGGAACAUUCAUUGUCAAAGAUCUGCUGCAGGACAGGCAUCAUAGGUUGCAUUUAACACUAAGGUCUGCAGAGAGUGACCGUGUGGGUAACAUCACUGUGAUUGGCUGGCAGAUGGAGGAGAAGUCAGACCAACGGCCCCCUGUGACCCGGUCUGUGGACACUGUCAAUGGGAGGAUGGUUCUUCCCGUCGAUGAAAGCUUGACGGAGGCAUUAGGAAUCCGAUCCAAAUAUGCUUCAUUGCGAAAGGACACUUUGCUGAAAUCGGUGUUCGGAGGCGCCAUCUGCCGCAUGUACCGGUUUCCAACCACUGAUGGUAACCACUUGCGGAUCCUGGAGCAGAUGGCAGAGAGUGUGCUCUCCUUGCACGUGCCCCGGCAGUUCGUGAAGCUCCUACUAGAGGAAGAUGCAGCCAGAGUGUGUGAGCUGGAGGAGCUGGGAGAGCUGUCCCCUUGCUGGGAGAGCCUCCGGCGUCAAAUUGUCACCCAGUACCAGACCAUCAUCCUCACAUACCAGGAGAACCUGACCGACCUCCAUCAGUACAAAGGGCCCUCGUUUAAAGCAAGCAGUUUGAAAGCAGAUAAAAAGUUAGAAUUUGUUCCCACAAACUUGCACAUACAAAGGAUGAGAGUUCAAGACGAUGGAGGAUCAGAUCAGAACUACGAUAUCGUCACCAUCGGGGCGCCAGCAGCACACUGCCAAGGUUUUAAGUCAGGAGGUCUCCGCAAAAAGCUGCACAAAUUUGAAGAGACCAAGAAACAUACAUCAUCUGGCUGCCAGUCCAUAAUCUACAUCCCACAGGACGUCGUCCGAGCCAAGGAGAUCAUCGCCCAGAUCAACACCCUGAAAACCCAAGUUAGCUACUAUGCAGAGCGGCUGUCAAGGGCCGCCAAGGACAGGUCUGCCACUGGCCUUGAGAGGACACUCGCCAUCUUGGCAGACAAGACACGGCAGCUGGUCACGGUCUGCGACUGCAAGCUCCUGGCCAACUCCAUCCAUGGGCUGAACGCCGCGCGGCCUGACUACAUUGCCUCCAAGGCCUCUCCCACUUCGACUGAGGAGGAGCAGGUGAUGCUUAGAAAUGACCAGGACACCCUCAUGGCCCGGUGGACAGGGAGAAACAGCCGAUCUUCCCUGCAGGUGGACUGGCACGAGGAGGAGUGGGAGAAAGUGUGGCUGAACGUGGACAAGAGCCUAGAAUGCAUCAUUCAGCGUGUGGACAAGCUGCUGCAGAGGGAGCGGCUGCACGGCGAGGGCUGUGAGGACGUCUUCCCCUGUGCAGGCAGCUGCACCAGCAAGAAAGGUAACCCGGACAGCCACGCCUACUGGAUCAGACCAGAAGACCCCUUCUGUGAUGUCCCCUCCUCACCAUGCCCCUCCACCAUGCCCUCCGCUGCAUGCCGUCCUCAUCUGACCACACAUUGCAGUCCCCCUCCUGAAGAGUCCAGCCCAGGUGAAUGGAGUGAGGCCCUUUACCCGCUGCUGACCACUCUCACCGACUGCGUGGCCAUGAUGAGCGACAAGGCCAAGAAGGCCAUGGUAUUCCUGCUCAUGCAGGACAGCGCGCCCACCAUAGCCACCUACCUGAGCCUGCAAUACCGCCGUGACGUGGUCUUCUGCCAGACGCUGACCGCCCUCAUCUGCGGCUUCAUCAUCAAGCUGAGGAACUGCCUGCAUGACGACGGCUUCCUGCGCCAGCUCUACACCAUCGGGCUGCUGGCCCAGUUCGAGAGCCUGCUGAGCACCUACGGGGAGGAGCUGGCAAUGCUGGAGGACAUGAGCCUCGGGAUCAUGGACUUGAGAAACGUGACCUUCAAAGUCACUCAGGCCACUUCCAGCGCCUCCGCAGACAUGCUGCCCGUCAUCACAGGAAAUCGCGACGGGUUUAACGUGCGGGUCCCUCUGCCGGGUCCACUGUUUGACGCCCUGCCCCGGGAGAUCCAGAGCGGCAUGCUGCUGCGAGUGCAACCCGUCCUCUUCAAUGUGGGCAUCAAUGAGCAGCAGACGCUGGCCGAGAGGUUCGGCGAUACGUCUUUACAAGAAGUCAUCAACGUGGAGAGUUUGGUGCGGUUAAAUUCCUACUUUGAGCAGUUUAAGGAAGUUUUGCCUGAGGAUUGCCUGCCUCGGUCUCGCAGUCAGACGUGCCUGCCAGAGCUGCUGCGGUUCCUGGGUCAGAACGUGCACGCCCGGAAGAAUAAGAACGUGGACAUUCUCUGGCAAGCCGCUGAGAUCUGCCGUCGCCUCAAUGGGGUCCGGUUCACCAGCUGCAAGAGCGCGAAGGACCGUACAGCCAUGUCGGUGACGCUGGAGCAGUGCCUGAUCCUGCAGCACGAGCAUGGCAUGGCCCCACAGGUCUUCACCCAGGCCCUGGAGUGCAUGCGCAGCCCUGAUUGCCAGGCUGCUCUGCAGACAGUGCAUGAACCCACUGGAUUACCUGGCACCCAGAACAACUGUCCUCCGGGAGACAGCAGACCAGAACAGCCUCCCUAGCCAGCUGGCUUUGCGACCUGUUGAAUUCUGCAAGGAAAGUCCGCAGUUUGAAUUCGAUGUGACUGCAGCUCUUGCUGAUAUAGAAAAGUACAGCUCUUUAAAGCUCUGAAGUGCAACUUUAGUGAGAGUAGUAAUAUUUCUCUUUCCACUUCAUUUGCUGUGUAAGAGAAUCUUUGAACCACAAGUCAUGGUAGAACCCCACAUGACUCAGACCUGAGCUACAUGAAGCCAUUCACUUGGAAAACGUUUGCUUCCACUUAGCCACGGUGCUGCUUGUAGGAACGCACACCUCACAGCCCCAUGCAGCAUGUGUCCGUCUCUGUGCUUCUUAGUUGCCUUGUUCAGAAACCUGCCAUCUUACGUAUUUGUUGUAAAUGAGUCCGGCACCCAUUUAAAUUAAUCUUUUUUUUAAUGUUAUGAAAAUAAUCAGUUCAUUUCAUCUUAGUUUAAGUCUUUUCUUUUUUCCUUUUUUACUGCUGUCAUUUCUUGUGCUUGUUUUUUUCCCCAGUGAGGGUUGUCGAAGAGAAAAUACAAUGAAGAAUGUUGGAAGUCGCAAAUAUGCAUUUAAUUCCCUGCAGCUGAAGGCUUUCCCCAAGCAUUACAGGCCUCCCGAAGGGACUUACGGAAAAGUUGAAACGUGAACACACGGUUUCCUCUAAUUAGCUGUUACAUAAUAAAUGUGGGUACCCUCUAGUGUCAUAUACGAAUUCUUCAAGAAGACCCGAAGGAUUGGUUUUUAUUUUUUGUGGUUUUUUUUAAAAAAAAAAAAAAAACAUUUCACUAAAGAGUUUCUGGAGCAUGUUUUUUGUUUUUUGGGUUUUUUUUUCCCAUUGGAAUCAAUAGGAGGUAAUGUUUGGCUCAAUAACGUGGACAGUAACAACUGCCCAUUUAAAUAGCCUUUGGCUGUACCUACACAGAUCUCAUCAAUAGUUAACCUACAUGAAUCAAGCUAGGUUUGUCUGAAAUGCUAGAAGACUUUUUAAGAUGCCUACUUGCUCACUUAUUUUUCUACAGAGUAACUCAAAAGUGACCAUUGAAUUACAAUCCACUUUGUAAAAAUCUGAAUGUAAAACAGUAAAUAAUAAAUUAAAUAAUUGGAUCCUAGGCAGACCAAUACAUGUUAUCUGGGGAAAGAAGCUAGCACUAUCUCAUGCAGUGAGAAUAACAGGUUCUAGUGAAUUAUCCUAUCUACACCACCACCUGAAGAAGUUGAAAGAAAGAUUGAUUAAUCAACGGGAGAUAAGACUUGAUUAGAAGGUAACACCUGCAAGGCACCCCACACAGUUGGGGCCAGUCUUUUUUCUGUCCCUCAUGAGUUACAGAACAGGGAGUCUGCUGGAGACACAAAGCCAGCAGUAAGGUCCCUUUAGCCUGUCUCCUGUUCUCUGCAGCUCCCUGCCUAGGCUCCCCCAUACCCAGAGGACACAUCUCCCCUUCUUCUCUAGAUGUUAAUCUAAGGCUUCAGCUGUGGCAUGUCAACCCUCCCAUGGGGAAUUUAUGACCAUAGAGAUAGUAGAAACCUAAAUAUUUUUGGGAAAAAUUUUUUUUGCAGGAUUUCCAAUUUAUCUUCGAAAAGACAGUACAAUCAUGUUUGAAUGUCUGAUAAAAGUGUCUUAUUUUUAGGUUUGCAAUAAUUGUUACUUUCUUAUUCUCAUUCUUAUGUAAGAUGACUAUUGAGAAACAGUUGACAUUAUUCUCCUCAAAUGAGAUUUUGAAAGGGAUUUAUGGGCCAUAAAACUUAGGAAUUUCAUAGAAAAUUGUGUCUGGUCAUCUUGUAUAAGAUGAUGAUGAGUCUUAUCUGCACAUAGCAGAGUUUUUUUCUUAGGAGUUUAUAUGUUUUAUUGAUUCUGUUUAUGAUGUUUACAUGUUCUUGAAAAGGUUGUAAAAGAAAUAUAUAUGGCACAUAUUAAUGAUGCUGAUCCUAAUGAUUUGUGAACCUCUUAGAAAUUCUUUUGUCUAAAAACCUAGAGAUUCUUCUGGUUCCUUUAGAAACAUGUAACAAACUUGGGCCAGGGGUGCUGAGGCAUGGGGAGGACUGCUUAUUGGCAGGAACACAGAGGGGGAGGGCAUCAGGUAGGGGUGGAACUGGAUGACCUUCCAGACCCGCUGCUACUCAGAAGUCAGCACGCAAGCAGAGCCUGCUGUCUCCCGAUGCUUGCAGGGAGGGACAUGUCUGUGGAGACACUUUAAUGAAGGAUGAAGCUCUCUGCCGCUCCCUCAAAGCGGGGUUCACUGUGGCAGGCAGGAGGCCGAGAAACUCCUGCCCGCCAAACCCACCGCACAGGUGGCUGCUGCUGGUGUCAGAGUCUCCUUUUUAAGUAUCAAUUUCUGUUCACAGACAGUUCGUUUCAAUAUGGCUGACUUACCCUUUCACCUCCCCACCAUCUCAUUUAACUGGUAAAUUUUUAGUUCCAUCUUUUCUCACUUUAACUUUAAAAAAAUCUCCUUGCUUUUAAAAAAUAAAUAUUACUCACAUAGUUUUCAGAUCUUUUUUGUCGGAAGAGCAUUAAAUAUCUGCACUUAUCAAAGGGAAUAUAGCAAAUGUUGAUCAUCUGUCAGCAGUUUUGCAUGUGGCACCUUUAUAUGAAUUAUUUUCCCAAUUUUCGCUUUAUGUAAUGGGUCACCAUAAAACUGUAUGACUUGGCAAAUGCUGUAGAAAAGGUUCGGGUUUCAGGAUUCUCCCUGAAGGCAUCGUUCCUGCGCUUCCGGCGCCUGCAAGGGUGUGUGUUGCACCGCCUUGGAGGCAAGCGGCUCCUGUCUUCUGUAGGAGUUCUGAGUUUUCAGAGGUGCAGGGAAGGCAGUUUUAUAGGUUACCAUAAAAUAGAGGUGCCGUCCAGUGUUCCUUACAAUGCCUCCCCGUUUAAAAAGAAAACAGACCUAUGGAAGACUCGGACUGUCCUGUGGAUUCUGUCAGACCUCCUACAGAGCACAGUUGCCUUUAGUUUCCUUUAAAGAUGUAAAAAUAUUGUAUAAUACAGUUUUGUCCCUACACCGUUGUGUUUGCCAAGCUUAGUGCAUUACGAUACCUUUAUUUAUUUGUUUUGGGCAGUAUUAAUAUAUAUAUAAACAUACAGUUACUGUUUUAUAUAUUCUUAGGUCAUUCAAAGCCAUGUAUGCUGUAAAUGUGCUAGUCUUUAGAAUGACACAUAAUAAAUAACUGACAAGAUAUUAAAUGUGGUCUUGCCUGAUUGAUCCUAUUAGGAGGACUAGUUCUAUGUGACCAGCCUGUGACGGGACCAUUGUUGUUGGGCAUUGCGUUGAGAGCUCGGGUGCUGAGUACAUAUAUUUGUAAACACGGGACCGUGGGAGACUUCCAUUUUAUAAGCUUGUUUCUGCCUAAUUGGAAGCAGAGGGGCAACAGGGUCGAGGACUUUGGGAGCAGACAGACCAGGUCCCAAUCCAGGUUCUGCCCCUCACUGGCUGGUGACUCUGAGCAAGUUGCUUGACCUCUGCAAGCCUCCGUUUCCUCAUGUGCAAAGUGUGGACAACAACAGUACCUUCCUCAUAAGGAACAUGCAGCGUGCCUCGGAAGCAGGUGUUCGUAAGUGGCAGCCAUUGUUGUUACCUUUCCGUCCAUGAACGUGGAUCACAUCAGCUCCGUGGGUAACCCAGUCCUUACUGUAUGACUUGUCAAAAUGCAGUUCCACUUGUAUUGAUACUGACCCUGUUCAUCGUCACCAGGACUGCAGCUUGCACCACCGUGCCGUCUUCUAGGCACGCACAACCCGUUGUCUCCCUUGGAAAAAUUCCUCUCACUGGAAAUGUACAAUUAAAGAAUGAUUGAAAUGUUUA